AUGACAAACAGAAAAUAUAAGCUUUGCUUCCACUUCAAAUUGCUGCUCAUUGCCACCAUCGUAGCAACACUAUGCUCGUACACAAAUUCAGAAACAAUCCGAAGAAGACUGAGACGGCCCACAGGCAACAAAUUGCAGCAAGAAACUACUGCAGUUUCGGAUUCAUCAGCGGCGGCCACCUCCACGGUUGUCGACAUGGAAACAUCGGCUUCAGUGAACAAGUUUAAGAUACGCAACCGUACUGCUACCAGGAAGUCGGGCACCGACGCUUCGACGGAAAAGCACGUGACCACAGCAAAAGACAACCAGGACGAAGGCGGAUACAAGAUUGUUUGCUACUAUACAAAUUGGUCACAAUAUAGACCGAAAACCGGUAAAUACUUACCUGAAGACAUCGACCCGGAAUUAUGUACUCACGUCAUAUUUGCCUUCGGGUGGUUGAAAAAAGGACGUUUAUCGUCAUUCGAAUCUAAUGACGAAAGCAAAGACGGAAAGGUUGGAUUAUACGAUAGAAUUAAGAACCUGAAAAAAGCCAAUCCAAAGUUAAAAACCCUAUUAGCUUUAGGUGGUUGGUCGUUUGGCACACAAAAGUUUAAGGAUAUGUCAGCUACUAGAUAUGCAAGGCAGACAUUUAUUUACAGUGCUAUACCCUUCCUCCGUGCUCGUAGCUUCGAUGGUUUGGAUCUGGAUUGGGAGUAUCCAAAAGGACAGGACGACAAAAAGAACUUUGUACAUUUAUUGAAAGAACUUAGGGAAGCAUUUGAAGCCGAAGCACAAGAAGUAAAGAAACCCCGUUUAUUAUUAACUGCUGCAGUCCCUGUUGGUCCUGAUAACAUCAAAGGUGGUUAUGACGUACCAGCUGUUUCUUCAUAUUUGGACUUCAUUAACGUGAUGGCAUACGAUUUUCACGGAAAAUGGGAAAGAGAAACUGGACAUAAUGCACCAUUAUACUCCCCAUCGUCUGAUUCCGAAUGGCGUAAACAAUUGAGCGUUGAUAAUGCCGCGAGCAUAUGGACUAAGAUGGGUGCACCUAAGGAAAAACUUAUCAUAGGUAUGCCAACGUAUGGCAGAACAUUUACUUUAACCAACACAGCCAACUAUAAAGUGAAUUCACCGGCAUCAGGAGGAGGUAAAGCUGGAGAGUAUACGAAAGAAGCAGGAUUUUUGGCUUAUUAUGAGAUUUGUGAAAUACUUAAAAAUGGUGCAACCUAUGUAUGGGACGAUGAAAUGAAAGUACCUUAUGCAAUUUCUGGAGAUCAAUGGAUUGGAUUUGAUGACGAGCGAUCCAUCAGAAACAAGAUGAAAUGGAUUAAAGACAAUGGAUAUGGAGGAGCCAUGGUCUGGACAGUGGAUAUGGAUGAUUUCACCGGUACAUUCUGUAGUGAUGUGAAAUACCCAUUGAUUGGUGCCAUGAGAGAAGAGCUUAGAGGUAUAAAAAGAGGUAAAGAGGACAUUGAUUGGUCGAAGGUAGCCAACACUAUUAUAGCUGAAACCAUAACUAAGCCAUCACCAGUCAAAAUAAGUGUCAGUGAAGUAUUAUCUAAAACCAAACCGUCCAAAAUUCAAGCAUCUACUGCUAUACAGACUGAUGUAGUUGACAUGAAUGUACGAGCACCUCAAGUUAUGUGUUAUAUGACUAGUUGGUCUAUUAAGAGACCAGGUGCUGGAAAAUUCACUCCAGAUAACAUCGAUCCUUCUUUAUGUACUCACGUAAUAUAUGCAUUCGGAUCAUUGAAAGACUUCAAACUAACAUUUGUUGACGAGAAAGAUACUGAACAAUACAAAGAAAUGAUGGCUCUUCGUGAAAAAAAUGCUAAUCUUAAAGUGCUAUUAGCUAUUGGCGGUUGGGCAUUUGGAUCAACACCCUUCAAAGAACUGACUGGUAAUGUAUUCCGUAUGAAUCAGUUUGUGUAUGAAGCCAUUGAAUUCCUUAGAGAACACAAAUUUAAUGGUUUGGAUGUCGAUUGGGAAUAUCCUAGAGGACAAGAUGAUAAAGCAGCAUAUGUUAAUUUACUGAAAGAACUACGACUAGCCUUCGAAGGAGAAUCUAAAAGCUCUGGUCUUCCAAGGCUUUUAUUGACAGCAGCCGUACCAGCUAGUUUCGAAGCAAUUGCUGCUGGGUAUGAUGUCGUUGAAAUAUCAAAGUAUUUAGAUUUUAUAAAUGUGAUGACAUACGAUUUUCAUGGACAAUGGGAACGUCAAGUAGGACACAAUAGCCCUCUAUAUCCUUUAGAAAGUGCCACAAGCUACCAAAAGAAGCUUACUGUCGACUAUAGUGCCAGAGAAUGGGUGAAGCAAGGCGCCCCCAAAGAAAAGCUUAUGAUUGGAAUGCCAACUUAUGGAAGGUCAUUUACAUUGGUCGAUCCAGCUAAGUUUGAUAUUGGAGCUCCUGCAUCUGGCGGUGGUACAGCUGGAAAGUACACUUCUGAAGCUGGCUUUAUGGCAUAUUAUGAAGUGUGUGAUUUCUUACACGUGGAAAAUACAACACUUGUCUGGGAUAAUGAGCAACAAGUGCCAUUUGCCUAUAGAAAAGACCAGUGGGUUGGUUUUGACGACGAGAGAAGUCUUAAAACCAAGAUGACUUGGUUGAAAGAAGAAGGAUUUGGUGGAGUUAUGAUAUGGUCUGUAGAUAUGGACGACUAUCGUGGUGUAUGUGGUACAGGUAAAUAUCCAUUAAUCAAUGCCAUGAAACAAGAACUUGCCGGAUACACUGUUAAAUUGGAUUACGAUGGACCAUAUGAAGCAACAGGAAGAAACGCUGUUUAUACAACCAAAGACCCAACGUCUGUGACAUGUGAAGAAGAAGACGGUCACAUAUCAUAUCACCCAGAUAAAGCUGACUGUACAAUGUAUUACAUGUGUGAAGGCGAAAGAAAACAUCACAUGCCAUGUCCAUCGAAUUUAGUGUUUAACCCGAAAGAAAAUGUUUGUGAUUGGCCUGAAAAUGUUGAGGGUUGUAUGCAACAUACCCCAGCCCCGCCGACGUCUAGACGAUAA